AAUUAGCUGAUGUAUCUUUGCAAUCUGAACACUUUUGAGCCUGGAUUGUGUUUUGAAUUUCAAGAAAAAGCGCUCGAAAAGCAGAUUUUCCCAUUUUUAUUCAACGCCCUGAACGACUCACCCCCUCAUCGAUCAGUGGCUUCAACGAGCUGAGUUGAACUGUCUUCAACUUUUAAGAUUUUUUGUUUUUGUUGUUGUUGGCAACACUUUCACGUUUAUCUCACACACGGUCAGGUACACGGGAGUCAUUUAUUUUUCCUACACCGUCCUGGACGAGAUAAUCUGACGUGAAAUCCUUGAUUUAGCUAGACUAGCUAGCUAACUGCUAGCUAGCUACCAACUAAUCCACAAGCGGCGGCCAUGUCUGGCGUGGAGAUCCGAGAGUAUCGCGACGGCGACGGCGGCGCCGUGCGGGAGCUCUUCUCGCUGGGCAUGAGCGAGCACGUGCCGGCGGCCUUCGUGCAUCUCCUCAAGCAGCCCCCGACUCAGAUGGUGCUCAUGUGCACCUUCUGCACCCUGCUCGCCACCUCCAAGUCCUUCAUGCUGCCCGUCCUCGCCGUCACGCUGCUGCUGGCCGCCACCCGCCAGCUGCUCGUCUACAAGUUCAACAACUACAUCGAGUCGUGCCACGGCGCAGACCUCAAGAACAUCGGCGAGUCCUACACGGCCGCCCGGGACUCCUGCUUCUGGGUGGCCGAGAGCGACGGCUGCCUGGUGGGCACCGUGGCCUGCCUGCCCAGGAACGACGCCCCCGACUGCCUGGAGCUGAAGCGCAUGUCGGUCCGGCGCAGCCACCGCCGCAUGGGCGUGGCCAAAGAGCUGUGCCGCAAGGUGGUGGACUUCACGCGGCGCCGAGGCUACGCCGCCGUGGUCCUGAUCACUUCGGUGGUGCAGACGGACGCGCAGAAGCUCUACGAGGGUUUGGGCUUCCGAAAGGUGCGGGAAUUCCUCGAGCCCGACGUGGCCUCCAAGGUCUCGAACUUCUUGCUCUUUGAGUACAGACUGGAUCUGCGCCAAGACCACGCGGAAAAGUGAGUCCCCGGACACUUCAGUUGGAAAAUUGAUUAUUAUUUUGGUUUUUUUUGGUCCGUGCAACGCAGACGGGAAGCAAUCUUAAAGGUCAAGUGACAUGCCUAUAAACUUUUCAAAAUAGAUAUUGUUAUGAAAAACACAUAUAACAUUGUUCACUUAAAUGUCCAUACGAAAAAAAAUAAACAUGAGCGUCAUCCAAGCGCAAAGUUGCGGAAGUCUCAUUCGACAUCCAAGCGGUCGCCAUGUUGCCCGCGACGUCUGUCAAACGUCUUAUUUCUUGACACAAAGUCUGAGGACCGCUUCACAUCCGCGUUGCAUUGAGGCCGCCGAAUUGUGGGACGAGGACUUGGCCGCGGACCGGAAUUGCAGACGUCGUCGGUUCAUGCAACACGGAUGCGAAGCGCUUGUCAGUCGACGGAAGGUUCCGGGAGCUGGCGAGGCUUUCGGUCUGCACCCGGUGAUUGUUCGUUGCCCUCCUUCCAAACUGUACCCUUUGAUUCUUACUCUGCAAACGCAGUAGUACUCAAGAGUAUUGUGUUGUGACUUUUAACCAGUGCUGGCAAAUGCAACAUUUUCUUGCUGUCAAAAUUUUGCGUUUACUGUAAUUUCCGGCCUAUGGAGCGCACCUCAGUGCAUUUUUAAAGGAAAUAUAAUUUUGGUACACACGUAAGCUGCAUUGAAACAUGAGAUAAUUACAAAGAAAGACGGUAUACAGAGUUUUCAAAGUUUUAAUACCUUAGCUUAGCUUAACAUAGUAACAAUACGGUUGCGCGAACAGGGCUGGUUAAAAAAAACUUAUCGGUAGCUACACAGUAGCAACACGGUAACAUAGCACUAACAUAGCUGGUUUAAAAAAGAAAAAAAAAAACAUACCUAAAUCACUGAAGCGCGACGGUAACAGCAGAGAAACAUGCUAGCGCGGCACUAACAGAGCCGGUUACAAAAAACAUACCGGUAAAAAUCACUGAGACAUGGCAGGAACACGCUAGCGCUGUGCUAACAGAGCCGGUUACAAAAAACAUACCGGUAAAAAUCACUGAGACACGGCAAUAACAGAGCAGCAACGUGCUAGCACUGCACUAAUGCUAGCGCAGCGCUAACAGAGCCGGUUACAAAAAACAUACCGGUAAAAAUCACUGAGACACGGCAGGAACACGCUAGCGCUGUGCUAACAGAGCCGGUUACAAAAAACAUACCGGUAAAAAUCACUGAGACACGGCAAUAACAGAGCAGCAACGUGCUAGCACUGCACUAAUGCUAGCGCAGCGCUAACAGGGCCUGUAAAAAAAACAAACAAAAAAAGUCACUUCCUCGGCACAUAUAUUCCACCGCUCUCACUCUUACCUUUUCCGCUCGAGUGCCUCCUUGUGGCCGUUAGAAAAAAUGCACAAAUGAACCGCAUCGCCGCAUAAACCGCAGGCUUGAAAGCGUGUGUAAAAAAAGUUGCGGUUUAGAAGCCGGAAAUUACGGUAGUUGCAAUUUCUGUUGACACGCAUGUACUGUAUUUGCAUCAAUGUUAUUGAAUUAUAAAAUGGUUUUUUUUUUUGUAAUCCUUGAAUCAUGUUGGAAAAAAACCCUUCCAACUUUCUUCAUUCCGUCGACUUUUUGUGUCUUCUCUCUUUGACUUGUCCAUUCGAGCUACUAACUAGCUCAUGCUCCAGUGGCUACUAUUUCUCUUGAAAUCCAGCGUUCCCCCGUUACCUGCGUGGGUUAAGUUCAUUACACCUCCGCGAAUAACGAAAAUCCCUCACUAAUAUAUGCAAUAUUAAUAUUUAUAUGUACCAUGUUUUUGCAACCGUAAGAUGCACUUAAAGUUUUUCUCCAAAAUAGAACGCGUGCCUUCAUGUCCACAUUUCUUGUGCGACUUGCCCGACGACCCACCCUUGAACACACUGUUAGCACGUAUGCUAUCACAUGUUUUUGUGCGGAUGGAAGCUGCCGGCUGAUGGUGCUCACAAAGCGGACGGGAAGAACCAACACCGAAGUGGAAAUGGGUCGCAUUGACCCGUGACAUAACACAAGGGAGAAAAAAAAAAAUGUGAUCCUUGUGAUGUGUCGACAGGGCGGGACAAAGGAAAAAAAAAAAAAAUCAAAGGAAAUUUUACACUUCGUGCUAUUAUCCAUUUUCUCCACCGGUUAUCCUCACGAAGGUCGCGGGGA